CCAUCCUUUCCAAAUCCAAUUUCCAUACAUACACCCAUAAUAAUAUAUCAACAUUCUCUGUCAGUGAGAGCCAAAAAAAAAAAAAACCCCCGAAGAAAAGAUUGAAGAGAUUUACGAAAAAGAAAGUGGGAAAUCUCUCCAUCCAUGGAAAGCAGCUGUAGUCAAUCUCUGUCGACCAUUGAGAGCUUUUCUCAUAGUUGGCUGCCCAUAUCAUCAUCAUCAUCACCAUCAUGCGGCAAUUCCUUUGACGCCGACGAAGCUUCUUCCUUCAUCGAAAUGGACCCAAAGAUGCCUUCCUCCCGGAGAUUCUCCAGAGUCCCCAAAGACUUCAGCUUUGAUUUCCGCACAAACCAACUCCCCGUUUCACUCGCCGACGCCGACCAACUCAUCUCUCCCGACGGCGUCCUCGUCCCACUUUCCGGCGAGUUCCCAUUGAUCAGUGAUAACAAUAAUCAUCACACGGACGGAGAAGACAGAUUGGUGGGGGGACAGAGUGAAUUAGUUUCCCCAAAUACGUCAAUCCCGAAUAUUCAAAAAAAAGAAAAACAUUCCUCCUCCUCCUCCUCCUCCUCCAAUCGGGUUCGUUGUGCGUCGCUGAGAAGGUGCAAAAGAUUAUCGGAAAGAAUAUUGGGUUUUUUAAAGCCAAUUUGUCAGAAAUUACAAGGGCGUGGAUCUUGUACUUCCAGAGUAGCGAGUAUUGGGAGUUCUUCAGGAGGAGGAUUAAUGCAUGAAGAACGCCAUGAAACAGGGAGGAGAAGCUGGGAGUAUUAUUCCCCUGCAACCUCGCCCAGGACAAGCGUUGCGUGGUCCGUAGAUCAUAAUUGGCGCAGAUCUUGCGAUUCUGAGAGCUCCAUUUACGAGGCUGUCCUCCAUUGCAAAAGAACUCAUCAUGGUAAAUGAUUAAAAAGCUGUUGGCUCUGGAAAAAAAGGAGAGGAAAAAAGAAAGAAAAGAAGAAGAUGAAAAAGACAGUACAAAAAUUGAGACACAUGGGAAUGGUCUGUUGGAGAAGAAUAGAUGAUGGAAUGGAACACAAGCCAUUCGUUUUACUUAAUUGUCACAUUACUCUCUUCUUCUUCUUCUUCUUCUAACUUCAAAGCUCUAGCUGGAUCCAGGGGGAAGCAUUAUGUGACAUUUCUCGUUUGUCUUGUCGGAGGUCGGAAUUUAAGAAGCUCUGUAAAAAAAAAUAAAAAAUUAUUUUUUUUAAAAAAAAACAACAGUAUAAAUUUGUAUGGCAUUUGAGAGACGAAGUAUAUACAUCUAUAGGUAUAGUAAGUAGUUGGGAUUCUUCCCUAUUUUUGUCCCAUUGCCAUCUCAAUAAAAAUCAAUGAAUUUUUGCAUUUUACCCAUUAAUUUACUUUAAUUCCAUUGCUCAUUGAACAUUUUUAGGAAUUGGUUGGUUUAAUCUGAUUGAAGAUUGAACCUCGUGCCGACGGAUUCACAGCUUUCGUGGGUCUGUCGAAAUUCUCUCCGACAAUCAUCCGACAUUAUCCAGUUACCAAAACUUAUGAUUAGUUUGGAGAUUAGCAUUAAUAUUAUAUACUACCGUACAGUAGGUUAUUAUCAGUUUGACAUAUGUUAAUCACAAACAUUGCGUGAUCUGGUGAAUGAUGUAUCUCUAUUGUAGCGUACAAGAUGUUGGUUAUAUAAGUUAAAAUCUGCUUCUUCCGUA